AAGCACUGAAAAUGCACACUCCUCAUCUUCACCAUGGCAACUCUCCUCUCCCUUCAAUACCCAUCUUCUCCAUUCAAACCAAAUUUCAAAAACUUCACUCUAAAGCCAACUCCUUUAACCCCAUUUAAACUCAACCUCAACACCACCAAACCCAAAUGCACACCCAAACUAACAGUCACAAACCAAGCAGCUUCUGUUAUUACAUCUGCCACAUCAGCAUCUUCUCAAAAUGUGAGGUUCAGGCUUGACAAUUUAGGACCACAGCCUGGUUCUAGGAAGAACAGGAAGAGAAAGGGACGAGGUAUUGCUGCUGGACAAGGGAACAGUUGUGGGUUUGGUAUGAGGGGUCAGAAAUCUAGGUCUGGUCCUGGGAUUAGACGAGGGUUUGAAGGUGGGCAAAUGCCGCUUUAUCGUCGGCUUCCGAAAUUGAGAGGGAUUGCUGGAGGUAUGCGUGCGGGUUUACCUAAAUUCGUCCCUGUGAACUUAAAAGACAUAGAAACUGCAGGAUUUGUAGAGGGCGAAGAGGUCUCACUGGAGAGUUUGAAAGAGAAGGGCUUGAUAAACCCAUCUGGAAGAGAAAGGAGACUACCCUUGAAGAUUUUAGGUGAUGGGGAGCUAAGCGUGAAGGUGAACAUAAAGGCUCGUGCAUUUUCGGCAGCAGCAAAGGAAAAGCUCGAGUCUUUAGGUUGCUCUCUUACUGUAUUACCCGGCCGUAAGAAAUGGGUUAAACCAUCAGUUGCCAAGAACAUUGCUCGUGCUGACGAAUACUUUGCAAAGAAAAGGGCCGCCGCAGCUGCUGCGGCUGCUGCAUCUGAGCCAGUCUCUGCUUAAACCAUUCGCCACUAAAUUGUAUGCUUUCAAUGAUGAGUAAAAAUAGCAGGUGCAUUCAAUUUUUCUUGUUGCUUAGUCUCUGACUGUCUUAGAUAUGGCAGGAUGUGAUAAUUCUUUUGCAUAUGUAUCUUAUGUUCAUUCAAUGCCGGCUCGGCUUCUGUAA